UGAGGUUUAUAUCUCUCUAAAGUUCCUUUCACUAUUCGCUGUCUUUCCCUCAAACUACACCCCAUCAAAUAUACACACUAUUACUCUCUCUCUCUCUCUCUCUCUCUCUAACUUUCUCUCUCUCUCCUAACCUUCUUUGACUUCUACUCUCUCUCUCUCUAGAAGUUGCCGCCUGCAGUUUCUUUGUUGAACCCCAUUUGGGUUCCUUUUCAAAAUUAAAAUCUCUUUUUUUUUUCUGCAUAGAAUUGGGCGGUAAGCACGAUGGUUUAUGAAGAAUUAUUGGUCCUCAUUGAAGUUUAGAAGAGGAGAGGGUCAAAGUCAGAAAUUAUUGUUAUUGUUACCAUAAAGCACUUUUGGGAAUUAUUUAGCGCUUUUGUAUGGAGAACAGCAAUAUUAGUUAUGACUUUAUGAUCAGAUUAUAUAAAUUUGAACAAUACCAUAUGAUUUCUUCUUCAAAGUAAUGGAAGGGGAGAAUCAGAAGUCUAAAUCCAGUAGGUUCCUCAAGUACUGGUUCACUACUGCAAAGCACAAGAAACCUGACCCAUGUUAUCCCAACAAUGAGAUUUCUGAAGAUGGAGAUGAUUACGAAAGUGAAAACUUUCUGGGGAAGGUCCUUUCUCGGUCGGUUGACAUGGGUCCAUGCAAAUUAACAAAUGAAUUAAGAAUCUUUGUGGGUACUUGGAAUGUGGCCGGGAGAUCGCCGAUCGGAAGCUUGGCAGUCGACUUAGAUGAUUGGCUCAACCUCAAAGAUGCUGCAGAUUUGUACGUUCUUGGGUUUCAAGAGAUUGUACCGUUAAAAACAAGGACAGUGGUCGGAGCAGAGGACACAACCAAAGCAACAAACUGGAACUUACUGAUUGGAAAAAUUUUGAACGACAAAUAUGGAUGCCCAUGGCUAACGCCAAUGAUGAUGAAUGAAGCCACCGGGGACGGGGACUACACAAGAAACACAAACCUUAACAGACCAAUGAGAUUCCCCGGCGGAGAUCAAACUCCGAUCAAAUUCCAGGGCAGAAUUCCGGCGAACAGGGUAAUGGGAGGGAGCAGAUACGUGUUGUUGGCAAGCAAGAAGAUGGUGGGAGUGUUUAUAAGCGUAUGGAUAAGAAGAGAUUUGGUGAGAAAAUAUUACAUAUCGAAUGUGAAGGUUUGUUCAGUGGCCUGUGGAAUAAUGGGCUAUUUAGGGAAUAAAGGGUCGGUUGCGGUGAGUAUGUCAAUUGAAGGGACAAGUUUUUGCUUCGUGGCGGCACAUUUGGCUUCCGGCGAGAAAAAGGGGGACGAGCGGCGGAGAAACCACCAGGUGUCGGAGAUAUUCCGGCGAACAUUUUUCGCCAGAUCGCCUAAAGAUGAUGAGUAUCCAAAUCCACAUCAUCCUCCUCUCACCAUCUUAGGACAUGAUCAAAUAUUUUGGUUUGGGGAUCUGAACUAUAGGCUGUAUUUAGAGGACAGUUUUGCAAGGCAGUUGAUUAAGAAACAAGACUGGGAAGCAUUGCAAGAGUUUGAUCAGCUACGGAAAGAACAAGAAGCUGGUGGAGUAUUUCAAGGAUGGAGAGAAGGGAAUAUAGAGUUUGCCCCUACUUACAAGUAUUCUUCAUCAAAUUGCAAUCGCUAUUCAGGUGGUCCUCUAAGAAGGACAGGAGAGAAGCAAAGAACUCCAGCAUGGUGUGACAGAAUUCUAUGGUAUGGAAAAGGAGUGAGGCAACUCUCCUAUUUCAGAAGUGAAAGUAAGUUCUCUGAUCACAGACCAGUCUCUGCCCAAUUUUUAUCACAUAUUGACCUGCUGGAAACCACAAAUCCAAGAGUUAUUGCUCUCAGCAAAUUUCUUCCCUCCAUACCUUCUCCCAAACAGAUGGUGAAGGGGGAAACUAAUGAAGAAUCAAAAUCUACCCUGGCAGCAUUGAUGGUAAAGGAUAGGGAAGAAUCAGCGAAAUUCAUAGAACAAAGAUAUAGAACAAUUACAGAGUAAGAAAGUUACUGGGAGCUCGGGGAUUACGACUGCAGGCUGGUGCAAAAUCGAGACCUACAAUAUUCAUGCCAAUUAUGCAGAAACGAGUGGAUGCACACACAACAAUUGAGUAUAUAUCUAAGAUGCUACAGUACAAAACAAUUGUUGUUUCUUAGAGAAGUUCAAUUGGUCUCGUUUACCUCAGGAAUGUUGUCCAAGGCCUCCGUAUUGUCUUUGAAACAUUGAGGGCAAAUGCAACUUUUCAGCAGUUCUUCACUGAUAUGAUCAUAUGUCAGUUCAAAUCCAGAAUUCAGCUUAUUGAUGGUCAAAGUGCCCAAAGUUCGUGAAAGCUUACUAACAUAUAUAUUCAGAGCUAAAGACAGUAUAUAUUAUCUCAUCAAUUGACUUUUGACUACUAUGCAUUACGUUUUAGUGAUUCAGGAAAGGGAGCUUAAUCCUAUAGACCAUUAUAUUAAUGGCAAAUCUUUUGUAAAUUUACUAAAUACUAAUACAACGGAGGAUAUCGGAUUAAGUAUUCCGAAAAUCAAUAGCACUAAAGAAAAUUUAGCACUUGAAUAUUAGGUCAUAUUUCAUAAAUUUAUAUAAUCACUCAAGGAUAUCUAACGGCAGCUUCCAAAUCUGUUUGUCCUUUCACCAUCAUCAACAUUGCAGCCCUCCUUUGCUCAAGAUAAAUCUUCGUUUCCCGAUUCUGCAAGAGCAAUUAUUCCAUGGCAUCAUUUAAAAAUACAGUUUCACUGAGAGAGGGGAGGACAAGGUGGAUUUAUAUUAAUGCAGGGUAUAUGGAAACCUAUUGAAAAUAUGAUUUUCUCUUUUGAGAUAUUGAUAGGGAUCCUACUAGAUCUUGAUUUACAGCUUCCAUUUUUCUUUUCUUGAUUUUGAAUGAUCGCCAUUGGUUACCGAGCCCAAUUUAUAGCUCAAUACAAUUGCAAUAAAAGAGAGUUUUUCGAUUUUGACUACCA